AUGGUUAAUUCAAUCGUAUGUUAUCAAUGUACAGAUUGUCCAGAACCAUUUAUUGAAACUUAUCCAUAUGUAACUCUAACGAACAAUACGAAUUUUCUUGCACAAUGUACAAAAACAGUUGUGAAUUUAGGUGAUGAUCGUCGUCUAAUAUCAAAAGGUUCAGUAUUUUUUUGCCCAACUGAAACAUCAUCUGCUAAUACUCAAAUAUAUUGUUGUAAUUCGGAUUAUUGUAACUCAAGUAAUCAUUUAGAUUUAUCAAUAUUAUUAUUUUAUUUAUCAUUUUUUAUUUUGAUAUGA